AUGACUGAAAGGAAAGCCAGUGUUUCUAGUAAUAACAACAAUAGUAAUUUAAAAUUAUCACCUUUGGAUGCCCUAGAUGAAAAAUUAAAACUUUUGGAAAAUAUAGUUAUCCCAGAUUUGGGAGAGUUAAAUAAUGAAGUAGAUGAUUUUAAAGUCCAUUUUAAAAAAAUCCAAGCUCAUUUAAAGAAAACUAUUGAUACAACGGAUGACGCUGAUGAAAAUUAUGAGAAAAAGAAAAAAUCUAUACAAAAUAAUUUAGCAAAACAUUGGAAAAAAUGGAAUGAUGAAGUCUCUACCAAAUUUGAAACCGAAAUCGAAAGUUCACAUAAAAGAUUUUAUAAAAAAUGGUAUUUUCAUAUAGUAGAAAGACCUAAUGGAUUAGAUACAAUUUCUAUCGAAGGCUGUAACUACGAAACAAAUUCAGAAUUAUCUGCUACUGCCAUACAUUUACUUAGGUCAGGCGGCACCUCCAUAAAUUAUUUCAAUUUUGGAUUAGAUGACUUACAAUAUAAAAAAUAUUUGAAAUUACACACAAUCUGCGAAGAAAUCAAACAAGGUGAUUUGUCUCAAGCUUUUAACUAUGUGCCAUCGAACGAUUACACAUUUCAAUUGAAUUUAUUAAUGCUCAAAGCCAAAAAUUUGUUAUGCGUUAAAAACCAGGAAUUUGAGUCAUACAAGCUUUUGUUGGACAGUUUUACUGACAAUUCCUUCAUUCGAGACCCGUAUUUUGAAAAGGCUUCCAAAUUUUUGACAAGAGCUAGCCUUGGAAUGGAAAAUAAUCAAACUGGCCCUAAAAUAAAUAGAACUUCUGCUUUGAAAAGAGGAGGAGGAGAAGGAGAAGAAGACGAGGGGGAGGAAGAAGAAGAAGAAGGGGAAGACAAUGAUGAUGAUAAUGAUAGUGAUGACUUGGAUUCCCAACUUUGCAAACUGUUAAUGGAAUUUGAAAAAAAUUAUUGUAAAAAGGAACAUUUACCGUCUAUAUCUCCAUUGUUACAGUGUGUUUAUAGUGGAAUAUUGGGUAUUCUUACACUAGUUGAAAAAAAUAAGAGAACUAAUAAAGUUUUAAAUCGUAGAAAAAGCAGCUUUGCCAGCAGAUCAAAUAAACCUCAUGUCUUAAAUCCGCUUGAUGUGCCUUUUGUCAAUACUGCUAGCGGAAGUGUAAUUGAAGAAAGUUUAAAUGAUAAUAUUAUUAAUUGGUAUGAGGAUGACGAAAUGGAGUGUACAAUCCCUCUACCACCCGAAUUAAGUAGAUUUCAUCCAUGUUUUAUCUGUCCUGUUUUAAAAAUUGAAACUGAUAAUAUUACAAAUCCACCGUAUCUAUUGAGUUGUAGGCAUGUCGUAUCUAAAGAAAGCUUAAAUAAUAUUUCGCAAGGUAAUUUUGUCAAGUGCCCUUAUUGUAUGCAAAACUCAACUUCAUAUGAUCUGAGAAAAAUCACGUUUGUUCAACUUUAG